CCGCCCCGCGGCGCAGGACACCGUGGCCACUCAGCAUGUCCCAGCGACACUCGGACAGCUCCUUGGAAGAGAAGCUACUGGAAUACCGUUUCCACUCAGAGCUACGGCUUGAUGCCAAGGGGAACCCGGCAUCCGGGGUCCCCAUGGUCCGGGACUCCCUGCAGGUCAGGGACAAUGCCACCUUCCAGCUCGAUACCUCCGUGUCCCCACCUCUGUCCCUUAAGGAUGAGGAGCCACGGGCCGUCGUCCUGAGCACACAGAGCCCUGCAGCCCUCAAGAUGGGCACUCAGCAGCUGAUCCCCAGGAGCCUGGCUGUGUCCAGCAAGGCCAAGACCCCAGCCCGCCACCAGAGCUUCGGGGCAGCUGUGCUCAGCAAGGAGGCUGCCCGGCGGGACCCCCGGUUCAUCUCCGCCCCCAGCUUCUCCCUGGACGACAUGGAUGUGGACACGGGCCCCAAGGGAGCGCUCAGACGGAACCUACGGAACCAAUCCUACCGGGCGGCCAUGAAGGGUCUAGGGGCUCCAGGCAGGGAGAGGGGCCCCAUCCAGCUCAGCCCCAAGCUCCAGGCUCUGGCCGAGGAGACCAGCCCACCUUCUGCUCUGUGUCCGGCCAAGAAUAAGAGGACGCCAGGGUGGAAACGCACACACAAGGGCUCCUUCAAGGAUGACCCCGGGUUCUACCAGGAGAUCCGGGAGCGGGGCCUGAACACCAGCCAUGAGUCCGACGAUGACUUGCUCGAUGAGCCGUCCAGCCCCGACGGAACGGGAAAGGCGGAUGCCCCCAUCGUAGUCAAGAGCUACCGGCCUGUCCAGGUCACCUGGAGCCAGCUCCCAGAGGUGGUGGAGUCCGGCCUCCUGGACAAGCUGCCUGCUGAGGAGCGCAAGAGGCAGGAGGCCAUCUUUGAGAUCCUCACGUCGGAGUUCUCAUACCAGCACAGCCUGGGCAUCCUGGUGGCCGAGUUCCUGCAGUCCAGACAGCUGCGGGCGACCAUGACACAGACCGAGCACCACCACCUCUUCUCCAACAUCCUGGACGUCCUGAGCGCCAGUCAGAGGUUCUUUGAGGCCCUGGAGCAGCGGCACAAGGCACAGGUUUGCGUGGAGGACAUCAGCGACAUCUUGGAGGAGCACGCCGAGAAGCAUUUCCACCCCUACAUCGCCUACUGCUCCAACGAGGUCUACCAGCAGCGCGCCCUGCAGAGGCUGACAAACAGCAACGCCGCCUUCCACGAGGCCCUGAAGGAGAUCGAGAAGCGUCCCGCAUGCGGGGGUCUCCCUAUGAUCUCCUUCCUGAUCCUCCCCAUGCAGAGGGUGACCCGGCUGCCCCUCCUGACGGACACUCUCUGCCUCAAGAGUCAAGGCCAUCCCGAGAGAUACAAGGCCGCCAGCCGCGCACUCAAGGCCAUCAGCAAGCUGGUGAAGCAGUGCAAUGAGGGGGCCCACAAGAUGGAGCGCACGGAGCAGAUGUACAUGCUACACACACAGCUGGACUUCGGCAAGGUCAAGUCCCUCCCGCUGAUCUCGGCCUCCCGCUGGCUGCUGAAGCGUGGGGAGCUCUUCGUGGUAGAAGAAACCGGGCUUUUCCGAAAACUGGCCAGCCGGCCCACGUGCUACCUAUUUCUGUUCAACGACGUUCUGGUGGUCACCAAGAAGAAGAGCGAGGACAGCUUCAUGGUUCAGGACUACGCCCAGGUGGACCACAUCCGGGUCCAGAAGAUGGAGCCCUCCGAUCCCUCUCUGCUGGGGGGCGGCGGCAGCCGCAGCUCCUCGGUGCCACACCCCUUCCAAGUGACCCUGCUACGCAACAGUGAGGGCCGCCAGGAGCAGAUCCUGCUGUCCUCUGACUCGGCGAGUGACCGGGCCCGGUGGAUCACCGCACUCACUCACAGGGAGAGGCAGGGGCAGGGCCCCACCAACAAAGGAGACCUGCUCCAGGUAGAGAUCACCAAGGCCUACUUGGCCAAGCAGGCGGACGAGAUCACGCUGCAGCAGGCGGACGUGGUCCUGGUCCUGGAGCAGGAGGAUGGAUGGUUCUAUGGCGAGCGGUUGAGAGAUGGGGAGAUGGGCUGGUUCCCUGAGGACUUUGCCCGGUGCAUCACCAGCCGCGUGGCCGUGGAGGGCAACGUGCGCAGGAUGGAGCGGCUGCGCGUGGAGACGGACGUGUAGCCCGCCCUGCCCAGCACCUAGGCCGAGCUCUGCUUCCAUCCAGGCUCCAGUGAGCGACCGGGCUCGUGGACAAGGUGGGCUUGUCCCAGGAGCCUGAAUGGUCCAUGGGUCCCCGCGAGGCCCUGUGGUCUGCAGUGCCGGAUCCAGACUCUUCCAGGGAGGAAGAUCACACGUGCUGCCCGCCCCCGUGGAGCAUCCUCCACACCAGCUCUCGGGGCCCCAGCUCGCCUGACCCCUGGCCAAACCCCAGGGAGGAGCCCUGCCCCUCCUCCAGCGCCCUGUGCUCCCGCAAGGCGGUUGUGCAGGAUGUGGACCCAGCUCCCUCCCUUGUCCUCAUGUGGGACAGAGGGCUUGGGCAUCCAGGGCGGCCCCACUUUUGGAGAGGAGGUCCUGCCAGAGGGAGGUGACA